UAAGAGUUAAAAAUAUAUUAAUGAUUGAUUCACUAACUGGUAUUACUAGUAUUAAAGAUAUUUAUCAGAGUUCAGAAUCCCUAAGUAAAUUAGCAAAAAUCAAAGUUGUCGUUUGUCCUCCCGACUUAGCCGAAAAAAUAAAACAAAUCAAUUUUGGCAGUAGUUUAAUAGUAAAUGGAAAGUUAAAAUUAACUCCUGAACGAGCCCAAAGUUGUGAAUUACAAGUCCGAGAAAUUGAAUUUAUUAAUCCGAGUGCUGGCGAUUAUCCUCUCCAAAAAAAAAGCAUUCCAUUAGAGAUAGUUCGAGAGUAUCCUCAUUUAAGAGCCAAAACUAAUUAUUUUUUAACACUUUUUCGUUUAAGACAUUCAAUUAGCAAAGCAAUUCAUGAUUUUUUUCACCAAGAGAAUUUUUACUAUGUUCCCACUCCCAUCAUUACUAGUGAUGAUGCCGAGGGGGCCGGAGAGCUUUUUAAUAUCACUACUAAGGAAAAAGAGGCUUUUUUUUCCAAACCAACCACUUUAACUGUUAGUGGUCAAUUGCAAGCUGAAGCCUUAACCCAAGGGCUAGAAAUGGCUUUUACUGAUUUAGAAACAAUAAUUAACUUAGCAAAAAGGCUGGUAAAAGACGUGAUUAAUUACAUUAUUACCAAUAAUAUUAAAGAACUAGAAUUUUUAGAAAACUAUAAUAGAAAAGAAACAAUUAAUAAACUAAAAAGAAUUCUUAAUAAUGACUUUAGAGAAGUUGACUACAGCGAAGGAAUGGAUUUACAAUCUGAACACGAGAAGUAUUUAUGUCAAUAUUUUGAUAAUAGUCCGGUUUUUAUUACUAAUUAUCCAACAGAUUUAAAGGCUUUUUAUAUGAAAAAUAACCCCGAUGAAAAAACUGUGGCCUGUUUUGAUUUAUUACUUCCAGAAAUUGGCGAACUGAUUGGCGGAAACUUAAGGAAGUAUGGUUAUGCACCAAGUGGUGGAUUUGGGCUAGGUUUAGAAAGAUUAAUAAUGUUUAUUAGUGGCACCGAAAACAUUCGCGAUACGAUUGCUUUCCCCCGCUAUUCGUCUUAA